CGGAAGCUCGGCGGGAGCCACAGGUGGAAGUUCAGAAGGGCAAGUGUGGAGCCACUCCUUGCGUGCGCGUCUCGUCGUCUUCAGUUUCAUCUUCACGUGUUUCCUUCACUAUUGACUGGUGGAGAAUGGGGGAGAUAGAAGGAACAUACAGGGUCCUGCAGACAGCAGGAACACGCUUGGGUGCCCAGACCCCUGUGGGUGUGAGCACCCUCGAGCCGGGGCAGAUGUUCUCACCCAGAAUGCAAGAGAAACACAUGCAUGUGAGAGUGAAGCUGCUGGACAACACGGUGGAAAUAUUUGACAUUGAGCCCAAGUGCGAUGGCCAGGUUCUGCUGGCGCAGGUGUGGAAGCACUUAAAUCUGAUCGAGUGUGACUACUUCGGGCUGGAGUUUCAGAACAUCCAAUCCUACUGGAUUUGGCUUGAACCUAUGAAACCCAUCAUUAGGCAAAUACGAAGGCCAAAAAAUGCAAUGCUUCGGCUAGCUGUAAAAUUUUUCCCACCUGAUCCCGGCCAGUUGCAAGAAGAAUACACCAGGUACUUGUUUGCCUUGCAGCUCAAGAGAGACCUGUUGGAGGAGCGCUUGACCUGUGCCGCCACUACUGCAGCCCUGCUCACAUCUCACCUGCUGCAAGCGGAAAUAGGAGAUUACGAUGAAACCUUGGACCGAGAGCACCUGAAAGCCACUGUCUACUUACCCAGCCAGGAACAGGCUCUCGAGAAGAUCCUGGCCUUCCACCGGAGGCAUGUGGGCCAGACGCCUGCUGAGUCAGAUUUCCAGGUGCUGGAAAUUGCUCGCAAGUUGGAAAUGUACGGCAUCAGGUUUCACACAGCUUCUGACAGGGAGGGGACCAAGAUUAACCUGGCUGUUUCCCACAUGGGUGUCCUUGUGUUCCAGGGUACCACCAAAAUCAACACCUUCAACUGGUCCAAGGUCCGUAAACUAAGCUUCAAGAGGAAAAGAUUUCUUAUCAAACUCCACCCUGAGGUCCAUGGACCCUACCAGGACACACUAGAAUUCUUGUUGGGUAGCAGAGAUGAGUGUAAGAACUUCUGGAAGAUUUGUGUAGAGUACCACACCUUUUUUAGGCUUCUUGACCAGCCUAAACCAAAGGCAAAAGCCGUCUUCUUCAGCCGGGGCUCUUCCUUCAGAUACAGUGGAAGAACUCAGAAGCAACUAGUAGAUUACAUCAAAGAUGGUGGGAUGAAAAGAAUUCCAUAUGAAAGGUGGCACGGCAAGACCCAGACAUCAGUACGUGCUCUGACUGCAGACCUGCCAAAGCAGAGCAUCUCAUUUACCGAGGGCUUGAGAUCUUCAGCCUCUCUGUCUUCAGCAAACGCCUCCUUUUAUCCGCUCGCUCCCUCCCCUGUGUCCCCACCUGGCCGGCCUGAUUUCAAGGACAGCAGCAGCUCCCUCGCAGAUCCCCUGGCUCCCUGCAUCUCGAGUGCAGCUGUCAAGAAUAUGGCCACAAGGAGGAGCAGUGGAGCAGCCGAAGGCCCCGGCACCCCAUUGGCCCAGCCACCCGGGUCCCCUGCACUCCAGUCUGGUCCAGGACUUGCUGUGGACAGUCCUCAACCUUCUCCCUCCAGCCAGAAGAGCCCACUGAGCCUGAGCCCUGCAUUUCAGGUGGCUCUGGGCCCCGCUGAGCAGGGCUCAUCCCCCCUGCUAAGCCCUGUCCUUAGUGAUGCUGGUGGAACCCGGACGGAUGACCCGGAGGAGCCGAGACACAAGCGCGUGCCAGAAGAUGAGGCUUAUUUCAUAGCAAAGGAGAUUCUUGCUACAGAACGAACAUACCUAAAGGAUUUAGAAGUUAUAACUGUGUGGUUCCGCAGUGCAGUGGUCAAGGAAGAUGCCAUGCCCACAUCCCUGAUGACCCUGCUUUUCUCCAACAUUGAUCCUGUCUACGAAUUCCACAGAGGCUUCCUGCAUGAGGUGGAGCACAGGCUGGCACUCUGGGAAGGGCUCUCCGUUGCCCAUACGAAAGAUGAUCAUCAACGAAUUGGGGACAUCCUACUCAGGAACAUGCGUCAGUUAAAGGAGUUUACCAGCUACUUCCAAAGACACGAUGAGGUCCUGACAGAACUGGAAAAGGCCACCAAACGCUAUAAGAAGCUGGAGGCGGUGUACAAAGAGUUUGAGCUCCAGAAAGUCUGCUACCUGCCACUCAACAGCUUCUUGCUGAAGCCUACCCAGCGGCUGGUACACUACCGCCUGCUGCUGAACCGGCUGUGCAAGCUUUUCACACCUGGGCACCGCGACUAUGCUGACUGCUGUGACGCCCUGAAGGCCAUUACGGAAGUGACCGCUACUCUCCAGCACAGUCUUAUCCGGCUAGAGAACCUGCAGAAGCUGACAGAGCUGCAGCGGGAUCUGGUGGGUGUGGAGAAUCUCAUCGCUCCUGGUAGGGAGUUUAUCCGUGAGGGCUGCCUCCACAAGCUCACCAAGAAGGGCCUACAGCAGAGGAUGUUCUUCCUGUUUUCCGAUAUGCUGCUAUACACAAGCAAGGGCAUCACAGGGAGCAGCCACUUCCGGAUUCGGGGCCUCCUUCCACUGCGUGGCAUGCUGCUAAUAGUGCUGGACCCACCGAUAGAAGAGAGUGAGAACGAGUGGUCUGUUCCCCACUGCUUCACCAUUUAUGCAGCUCAGAAAACAAUCGUGGUAGCAGCCAGCACUCGGCUGGAAAAAGAGAAGUGGAUGCUGGACCUGAACGCUGCGAUCCAAGCAGCCAAGAGCAGUGGAGGUGACGUGUCCCCAGAGGUGAUGUGCAUGCAUUCCCCCAGGUCCACCGGUGAGGUUGUGCUGGAACAGGACCUGGAAGACACUGCUCAGGUGCCUGGAGGCUCCCUGGAAGGGCAGGGCCAGCACCGGGCCAACACCACAAUGCAUGUAUGCUGGUACAGGAACACAAGUGUGUCCAGAGCAGACCACAGCGCUGCUGUUGAGAACCAGCUUUCAGGGUACUUGCUAAGAAAAUUCAAGAACACCAAUGGCUGGCAGAAACUCUGGGUGGUCUUUACCAACUUCUGUUUGUUCUUCUACAAGACUCACCAGGACGACUACCCCCUCGCCAGCCUCCCACUGCUAGGCUACAGCGUGAGUGUCCCCAGGGAAGCAGAUGGCAUCCUCAAGGAUUACGUUUUCAAGCUCCAGUUCAAAUCCCAUGUGUACUUCUUCCGGGCCGAGAGCAAGUAUACAUUUGAGAGGUGGAUGGAGGUGAUCGAAAGGGCCAGCAGCGCACGUGGUGCCCUUAGCCCCACACAGGACGGCCCUGCUCACGGCUAGAGGGGGCUCUCCAGGGGAAAGAGUGAAGUCCAUCUUGCCUGGACCAGGACCUGCUCAGAAGACUUCGGUGACCAAAGAUGCCCAUCACCAUUUUCAGGCUGAGCUGAGGAAGAGAUGGCACAGACAGCAUGGUGGCCAAGCUCAAAGCAACCUUCAGGGUGCAGUACAGGCCCAUGGCUGUACAGGACACUGGAAGGACAUGGGUGUCUCACUCUUGAGACCUGAGUGGGAGAACAGAGACCCUGGCCUUGACCAAGAACUGUACUCUGGGCAGUGAGCUGUGUGUUGUCCUGGGAUGAGGCCAAGGACUGUGGGACUUUAGAUGGGACCACUCAGGGCCUGGUCUACAUGUCACAGAAAGCCAAAUCUGGCAAAAGCUAGUCUGGUUCCCAUCCGCUCUACCUCUGGAGAAAAGGAAACCAAAGUCCACUGCAGCCCCAGGAGGACGGCACCUCUACUUUUUUAGCUUCUUCAUGCCUGCCUGUUCACCCAUGGUUGUAAAUAAAUGGCAUCCCCUCA